AAACUUGAUUCAUUGCUUGGACCUUGAGAAGAAUGGUUGCAAUUUUUCGCAGCUAACAUAAUACAAAUUUUUUAUUAAACAAAUUUAAUAAUCACCGAUUUACAAUGACACAAAUUGGCACAUCAGAGAAAGACUUGCUCAAAGAGGAGGAACUAGACAACGAGAGUGGUCAAAAUGGUAAAAGACGGUCCACCACUUCGGAACCAUUUGGGAACAUUGCGCCUCUUUCUGAUAUUUUGAUGGUUGGAAAUUUAUCCUCGAACGAAUUCCUUCCUUCAGAUCUUAUCCUUCAAAAUGGCGAAAAGCCCACGUUAAAGAAAGAAAAGUGCCAGAAAAGUGGAAAUAUUCCGGCUUGUGUAGUUAUUGGGAUUCGGAACGGAGUACACGAUUUUAUUAUUAAGCACAAAACGGUUAUAAGAUACUUGUUCUAUUUCGGGAUAUUUUUAGGUUAUAACGCCUAUCUCGCGGCCGCCGUAGCAUACACAAUUCGAAACGAGAUUAAAAUAUCUUGGUGUGACGGGCUAGGCUUUUUGAUUGCUUUGACGGGAAUUGUGUACUGGAGUCUGUUCUAUUACAUCGUACUGAAAGGAGUUUUUGGAAGUUGGCUACAUGUCAUGAUUGUGCAGCCUGUCAAUAAAAUCGUCAGGAUUGUGUCAUUCAACAGAUGGGGAAGUGUCUUAAUUGGAAUUCUUGGCUUGGCUGCCGUUCUAACGUUUGUGGUCAUCGAUUGUUGGGACGAACCGCGUAGACUUGUUUCAGCCGGGGGAAUAUUUAUUCUUCUAUUCGUUUUAUUCAUAUGUUCCAAACAUCCGGGAAAUGUUCGAUGGCGUCAAGUAUUGGCAGGGUUGGGUAUGCAGUUUGUGUUUGGAAUACUUGUACUGAGGUGGGAUGGUGGUCGAAUUUUUGUAGAAUGCAUUAGCGGAAAGGUCCACAAAUUCCUUUCCUUUGUCAAUGAAGGAUCAACCUUCAUUUACGAUUUUGCUGCAUCGGGCCAGCUAAAAAUUUUAAACUCAACUAUGCCAGAAUUAAUUGGUCACACACUCAGGAUUCCGACUACAUUUGCAUUUACGAUUCUAUCCACCGUCUUCUUUCUCGGUUUUGUUGUCCAAUUAUUGUACCACAUUGGUGCCAUGCUCUGGCUUGUAAGGAAGUUGGGAUGGCUGCUUCAGGUUUUGAUCGGAACUUCUGCCGCUGAAUCCAUGAGUGCAGCUGCCAACAUAUUUCUUGGAAUGUCAGAAUCAGCCCUUCUAAUCAAACCCUUCAUAAACGAUCUAACAAAAUCAGAACUUCAUGCUGUAAUGAGUGGUGGAUUUGCAACAAUUGCAGGAAGCGUCAUGGCUGCUUAUAUUUCAUUCGGGGUAAAAGCGGAAUCCGUUUUAUCAGCAUCUGUCAUGGCUGCACCGUGCGCUCUUGCCCUGUCGAAACUUAUGUACCCCGAAGUCGAAGAGUCUAGAACGACAGUGAAACACUUGAAGCAUGUAAACAUCAAUAAAACAGGAAACGCUUUAGAUUCUGCCGCCAGAGGGGCCGUUGAAGGCGUCACUCUUAUCGGGUUCAUUAUCGCAAACACAUUAGCUGUCAUAAGUUUUGUCGCUUUAGCGAACGCCGUUUUAGGGUGGUUUGGUUCUCAUGUUGGAUUCGAGGAACUAACAUUUGAGUGGCUUUUAGGCAAAGCAUUUAUUCCUGUCGCUCUAUGCAUUGGAGUUGCUCCAUCCGAAUCGGAGAAAAUUGGGCAGCUAAUCGGUCUUAAGGUUGUCGUGAAUGAAUUCCUAGCUUAUGGGAAACUGCAACAAUGGGUGGCGGAUGGCCUCGUGUCGGAACGUUCCCGCCGACUAGCAGAAUACUCUUUGUGCGGAUUUGCAAAUUUUUCCUCCAUGGGAAUAUUGCUGGGGGCGAUGGGAGUCAUGGCUCCCAGCCGACGCGCUGAGUUGUCACAAAUUGUUUGGCGUGCAUUAAUGACGGGAGCAACUUCUUCCUUUGUCAACGCGUGUGUUGCAGGGACGCUGUUGUCAUUCGAUGACAUAAUAAUGGACGAUAGUUCUGCAUCUAACGCGACAGCAACAACUAGUUCAAUGUUUCUUCUGUAAAAAUAAGCUAAAUGUAUUUGUUUGUAAAUUUAUUAUGAAUUUCUGCUACUGAUAGAAGUUGGCAUGUAUGCAUGUAUGAAAGUCUAUGUGAUGCAAUCAUUUUUACAAAAUAAGUAAGUCCAUUGCUACAAUAUUUUACAUAGGUAUGUACUAUUUAUUACACUCGAUUAAUACAACAAAAUAAAAUGAAAGAUUAUGUACAGAAA